UACUUAAUCCAUUUCAGUUUCUUCUAUUUCCCACACGCAUUUGUGUGCAUUUCCGUUUGCGUACAGAGCCUUUUUUCCCAUUCAAUUGCAUCGGGGAUUGGUGUUUCAUACUUUCUUCAUUCGCAUUUUGCUAUUGUUCAAGCGUUUCAUUCCUAUCUGUAGCGUCUAUCAUAAACCCUAACCCUUUUGGGAAACAGAGAGUACAAAUAGUAGAAAUUUGGGGUUUGGGUUAAAGAAACACUAAUCUCCCGAGGGAAUAGCAACAAAAAGUUGCAAUUCUCUAAAAACCCUAAAAUUUGUGUGAAUAGCUGGAAGGAUCAAAGUAUUCCUUAUGUCUCUAGAUUGUAGCUUCGAGGUAUAUCCACAGCGCCAGAAUUAAGAUGUCACAAGAUAUAAGAAAGUGGUUUGCGAAGAAGCAGAACAAGGGUGAUGGGAAUGGAAAUGCACCAUCUCCAGCCAAGCAAUCUACACCCGAGAAGCCUCCCCAAUCUGGGAAGAUGGUACAAGGAAUUCAAGAAUGUUCUGGAAGAAGAAAAACUAGCAAAUAUUUUGCCAAGGAUGGGCAAGAUGCCAAAGAUGAGAUGGAUGUUGAUGAAGUUCCUUCAAAAAAGAAGGCACAAAAGGGUAGGGCAGAGUCAACAGGUGAUGUCAAGUCCCCACCUCUAAAAAAAGCUCACAAACUUGAGGAGGAGGAUGGAGAUGAAGAUUUUGUUACACCUGCUUCAAGAAAGAGCUCAGCGGAUCCCACUCCAAACAAGAAAUUGAAAAGUAGUUCUGGUAAAGGGGUUGCUCGGAAACUUGUUGAAGAAAGUGAUGAAGAUGAAGGUGAAACCACAAAAUCCAAGUCAAAAUCUGUUGGCAGGGGUAGAGGUCGUGGCUCAAAAGGUUCUUCAGCCACUUCAACUGCUGUGAAAGUGGAUGCUGAUGAAGCGGAUGAGGAUAUGGAUGAUAAGGAAUCUGUAAAACCUGCUGGACGAGGCCGUGGUGGAAGAGGAGCACCAGCAGGUGGUAGGGGUAGAGGUGGCUUCAUGAACUUUGGCGAGAGGAAGGAUCCGCCUCAUAAAGGAGAGAAGGAAGUUCCAGAAGGUGCUGCUGACUGUUUAAACGGGUUGACUUUUGUCAUCAGUGGAACCCUUGACAGUUUAGAGAGAGAAGAAGCUGAAGAUUUGAUAAAACGUCACAGUGGGCGCGUUACUGGAUCUGUCAGCAAAAAGACGAAUUUCCUUCUCUGUGAUGAAGAUAUCGGUGGAAGAAAGUCUGAAAAAGCGAAAGAGCUUGGCACUUCUUUCCUCACUGAGGAUGGUUUAUUUGAUAUGAUUCGAGCAUCAAAUAAAUCAAAACCUUCUGUUCAAGAUUCAAAGAAAUCAGUGGAUAAAGCUGCACCACCACCCAAGAGUAGCCCUCAAAAGUCUGAAAAAAGUAAACAACAAGCUGGCAAUAUUGUUGCUAGUGCAGGUGCAAAAGGAUCGGCAUCUCGCGUCACAUCUUCCAAAGCUGCUUCUAAGUCAAAAGAUCGACCUACUGCGCAAUCCUUGUUGCCAUGGACUGAAAAAUACAGGCCAAAGGUUCCCAAUGAUAUUGUUGGGAAUCAGUCUCUGGUGAAGCAGCUUCAUGAUUGGUUGGCACAAUGGAACAAUAAUUUUCUCAACACUGGGAAAAUGGGGAAGGGGAAAAAGCAGAAUGACUCAAGUGCUAAGAAAGCUGUGCUUUUGAGUGGCACACCUGGCAUUGGGAAGACCACUUCAGCAAAGGUGGUCAGUCAGAUGCUUGGUUUUCAGACAAUCGAGGUUAAUGCUAGUGACAGUCGUGGGAAGGCAAAUGCUAAGAUUGGGAAAGGGAUUGAUGGAAGCACAUCUAAUUCUGUCAAAGAACUUGUUAGCAAUGAAGCCCUCAGUCUUAAAAUGGAACGUUCCCCGCAACAAAAGACUGUCCUUAUUAUGGAUGAGGUAGAUGGUAUGUCUGCUGGAGAUAGGGGUGGAGUAGCUGAUCUUAUUGCCAGCAUUAAGAUAUCAAAGAUUCCUAUAAUAUGUAUUUGUAAUGAUCGUUACAGUCAGAAACUCAAGAGCCUUGUAAACUACUGUUUACUUCUCAACUUCCGGAAGCCAACCAAACAACAGAUGGCCAAAAGGUUAUCACAGAUUGCAAAUUUAGAAGGUCUUCAAGCGAACGAGAUUGCACUUGAGGAACUUGCAGAAAGAGUUAAUGGCGACAUUCGUAUGGCACUCAACCAGCUACAGUAUAUGAGUCUUUCGAUGUCGGUUAUUAAAUUUGAUGAUAUCAAACAGCGCCUUCAAAGCAGUUCAAAGGAUGAAGAUAUUUCCCCCUUCACUGCUGUUGAUAAGCUAUUUGGCUUCAAUGCUGGGAAGUUGCGAAUGGAUGAGAGAAUCGACCUCAGUAUGAGUGAUCCCGAUCUUGUUCCACUUAUUAUCCAGGAAAAUUAUAUCAACUAUAGGCCAAGUUCAGUUGGUAAGGAUGAUAAUGGAAUGAAAAGAAUGAACUUCCUUGCCCGGGCUGCUGAGUCCAUUGGGGAUGGUGAUAUUGUUAAUGUUCAGAUUCGAAGAUACAGGCAGUGGCAGCUCUCUCAGAUUGGUUCGCUUGCAUCUAGUAUAAUUCCUGCGGCUCUUUUGCACGGUCAACGCGAAAUACUUGAGCAGGGGGAGCGGAAUUACAAUAGAUUUGGGGGUUGGCUAGGUAAAAACUCCACAAUGAGUAAAAAUUACAGACUUUUGGAGGACCUUCAUGUUCAUAUGCUUGCUUCUCGGGAAUCUAAUUCUGGAAGGUCAACAUUGCGCCUUGAGUAUCUUUCUGUUCUUCUGAAGCGGUUAACUAAUCCUUUAAGAGAGCUGCCAAAGGAUGAAGCUGUUGAGAAAGUUGUGGAGUUUAUGGAUUUAUACUCCAUCAGCAUGGAGGACUUUGAUACCAUGAUGGAUAUAUCAAAAUUUAAGGGGCAUCCAAAUCCACUCGAUGGCAUACCACCUGCCACAAAAGCAGCACUCACAAGAGCUUAUAACAAAGGCAGCUCAUCCCGUGUGGUUCGAGCUGCAGAUUUAAUUACACUCCCUGGAAUUAAAAAGGCUCCGAAGAAGAGAGUUGCUGCAAUGCUGGAACCUGUGGAAGGCGCUGAUGAAAUUGGCGAAAAUGAAGAAGAAAUCCUCUCAGAUGCCGAGGACCAAGAGGAUGAAUCAGAGGAUCCUGAAAAGAAGCUGCAAUCUGAUCUGGAGAAUCUCAAUUCAAAAGGAAUCAAAGUGCAAAUGGAUUUAAAGAAGGGGUCCUCUGGCGGCAGUGGCAAAAAGGCGCCAGCAGGCCGUGGCAGAGGUGCUGCUGCCGCAGGGACAUCCUCGGACGGGAAAGGGAAAGGGGGCCGUGGCUCUGGAUCAGCAGCCUCUAAGCGAAAGAGAUGAGACGAACAGAACGAAUCCACCCCCACCCUAAUCUAAUGGGCUGCUCUUCUUGUUUUGGUGUUUUUAAGGUUUGAGUAUUUGCAAGAAGUUGUGAUGGUGUUUUGCUGGAGCUCUGUAUAAAUACAGAGAUAAUUUACAAUACUUUACUAGUUGUCAAGACAGGAGCUUUACUUGUUUUUGAGGUAUUAUUGAAAUUUGAAUA